AUGCCAGGCGUUCACACGUUUUACGAUGGCUCACAAAUGUUCGAGCCACUCUCGAGGGUGGUUGGAGUGGAAACAGAUAAGAUCAAUCUCGUGAUGUGUCUCGUUGCUGCUGUUCCAUUAAGUUAUUCUUACAAUGUUCAUAUGAAAGCGGGGAAAGUAUCGAAAGAAGUCCGCGUCAUUUUCCCGACAAUUGUCGGACUUUCCUUUUGUUUCUUCUGCUUUGGAUGGGCGAUAAAGCACAUCUUAUGGAAUGUGAUCAUCAACUAUGCCGUCAUUCGCUUAGCUCCACAACAAUAUGUGCAUAAAUUAGUAUUUCUCGUAGCAACUGGCUAUUUGACGUUCAUUCACUUUUAUCGAUGGAAAAUUUUGAAGGAAUACUAUUUGGAUAUCACUGGACCAAUGAUGAUCAUGGUGCAAAAGGUGACAAUGUUGGCGUUUCAAUUACAUGAUGGACGAUGCAAAAAGCAAGAGGAACUCAUGGAACAUCAGAAGCGAGAAGCGCUCACUGAAGCUCCCCCAUUGUUGAUGUACCUCUCUUACUGUUUCCAUUUCCAAGCUGUUCUCACCGGUCCCAUGUGUCUCUACGUCGACUUCGUUCACUUCAUCGAUGGCACCCAUAUACCCGCUGACAAAAAGGGACAGAUCCCAUCACCUAUCAGCACAGGCGUCCGCAAGUUGGCCAUCGCCGCCGGUCUCGUCUUCUCGAUCUCCAUAUUUUCUGGAAGCCUCUAUGUGGAAAGAUUGGCUGAAGACAGAGAUCUAAGCAAACCACUUCUUCAAUGGUUGGCUAUUUGGUGGGUGUGCAUUUUCUUCAGCCGAGUCCAGUACUACUUCGCCUGGGUGAUGUCUGACGCCAUUUGCAACUUGUCCGGUUUCGGCUUCAGCGGUUAUGACGAGAAUGGGAAAGCUACUUGGAACAUGAUGACUAGUGUCGAUAUGCAAAAAGUUGAAAUGGCUCAAAGCUUAAAAGAAACCCUCGACAACUGGAAUAUUCCAACAGUCGCUUGGCUUCGCAGAGCUGCCUUCGAUAGAGCUCCAAGAAGAUAUCGAACUCUUGCCACGUAUGCUUUAUCUGCUUGGUGGCAUGGUCUCUUCCCUGGAUAUUACAUCGCUUUCGGCACCACUGCUCUCUUCACAUUUGCUGCGAGAACGUUUCGUCGCUGUUUCCGAUAUCGUUUCUUGGGCAGUUCGUCGAGCAAAUUCGUCUACAAUGCAAUCACAUUUAUGGCCACUAAAAUCGCUCUCGCUUACGCUGCUUAUUCAUUUGUCACAAUGCAUGCAUAUCCUGCAAUGUUCAUCUAUUCCCGCAUCUAUUUUCUUCCUCAUAUCAUCGCCGUUCUCAUGAUUUUCACAAUCCCAAUGUUUUUCCGACCCGAGAAGAAGAAAAUCGAUGAGAAGAAUGAGCUGAAAAAAGAACUU